UCCACCAGCCGUCCAGCUGGAGACGGGUCCGCCUGCUGUAGUGUGUCUGUCCCAACCUCGCUAGCAAAGGAAUUAGCAUAGGACCAAUAGCGACGGCUAUGCAAAUGUCCUCCAUAACUAGCAUUGUCCCUCACACACUCUUGACGUGAAGCUGCUAGACUUCCACCUCAGUUGCACCAUUGCCGCUGAAAGGUGUGUGUGAGGACGACAAGCAACUGGCACUUCGCUCUAAGUUGGAUUUGGAUUUUAUGUACAACAUGACAUUUGAGGAAUUAAGUGGGGAUUACUCUCAAGAAAGAAUGGAUUCAGUGGCGAAAGCUUUAGAAGAAGUUCUGAGCAGAGCCCAAGCCAGAGGCUGCACGACUGUUGGAGUCUACGAAGCUGCCAAGUCCCUCAAUGAGGACCCUGAUAACGUGGUUCUGUGCAUCUUGGCCACGGAUGACGAAGAUGAGGAAGACGUGGCCUUGCAGAUCCACUUCACGCUCAUUCAGGCUUUCUGCUGUGAGAAUGACAUCAACAUCCUGAGGGUGAACAACACCCGGCGCCUGGCAGAAAUACUGGGUGGAGGAGGUGGAAAACAGAAUGGCGGGGAGCCCCUGGACCUCCACUGUGUCCUUGUCACUACCCCGGAGGAGUCAUCGUGGCAGGACACCGUUUUGAGCAAGGUGAACAGCUUCUGCAGCGAGAGCCGAUGUCUGGAUCAAUGGGUGCCAAUCAUCAACCUCCCUGAACGAUGAACCUGUCAGCACAUCCCCAAAAAAACCCAAUCUGUGAAGAAUCAGCAGGAAUCAGCAAUAUUAUCAGAAGCAAAUCAAGCUUCGAACCACUACUCGGGGUGCAAAAGACCCCCUUGGAGUAGAUGGGAGCAAUUAAAAAGGCAAAAAAAAAAAAAAGUGGGAUGGGAAUUUCCACUUGUUUUGGAGUUUUGUCUAUCAGUUGUGACAAUGGAGACGACUUGUGUUGUCGUGAUGUCGUGGACGCUUGAAGGGAGCUUGUUUGAAGCCGGACGCAGCGGAGCGGCAGAAGGAUUACAUCAUUCGUGUUUGUUCACCGUGACGUGUUCAGGAAAAGUGGAGCAAAAGCAGAAGUCGGGAGGUGUGGAGUGGAGUGGAGUGGAGUGGACCACGGCCUCAGCAUCUCUGCUGCAAUAAAGCACUUGCUUAAAAACACUGGACCUUUUACGAUUUCACUCACUACAUUCAAGUGUUCAUAUUGAUGUUGCUACCAUUUAAAAAGGGAAGGGCUGUUAAGACAUCCGAUGCCAGCAAAGUACAAUUGUUGUGUUACAAUUUUAAGUUAUUUUCCAACAUAUUUAAGUAUAUUUAUGUUUCAUUUUUUUACAUUUGCAGACUUAACUAGACAUGUACUGAUGUCAAUAAAAGAAGUUGGUUUUGAGCCACGA